UGGGAGGUAGCACACGUGGUCUUAUUUAAUCGAUCAUUUGUAUAUGUGUAUAUUGUAAAAAAAAAAUCAAAGCAGCCUAAAGUGUUGAAUUGUAAUAAUUUAUCACCUGUCACAGCUUUUAUAAUAAUUUUAAAUCCAGAAAUUAAAAUUAUAAUCAGCUCAAGGUAAAAACAAAUGGGCAGUUGGCCAAUGUUCACAUCUUCAGCCUUACUAUCAUCAGUCUCAAAGUGUUUUUACUCAUAAUCUCAUCAGUUGGUUCAAUUGAUAAUUAUCUCUACACAGUACGCCUGUAAUUUAAAACAAAGAAUUAUAAAUAAUGAAGACUAUUUGGGUAAUUGGUGGACCAGGUUGUGGAAAAGGAACUCAAUGCAGUAAAAUAAUAGACAAAUAUGGAUUAUUACAUUUAAGUAGUGGAGAUUUAUUACGUGAAGAGGUUGCAAGUGGAAGUUCUCGAGGUGCAUCACUUCAAGAACUCAUGUCCAAAGGACUAUUUGUCCCUACGGAUGUCGUGUUAUCAUUGAUCAAAGAACGAAUGGACAAAGCACGUCAAGACGGAAGUACUAAAACAGGAUUUUUGAUUGAUGGAUAUCCUCGUGAGUUGGAACAAGGUCUUCAAUUUGAAAAAGACGUAUGUCCAGUAGAUUUAAUAUUAUUUUUUGAUGUUAAAAAUGAUACUAUGAAAGCUAGAUUACUUGGGCGUGCUGCUGUUUCUGGAAGGGCUGAUGACAAUGAAGAGACAAUUGUUAAAAGAAUUGAAAUUUUUAACGAAAAAAACAAUAAAAUUGUUGAACACUACAAAGAUAAAGUCGUACGAAUAAAUGCCGAAGGUACUAUUGAUAGUAUUUUUAAUGAAGCCUCCAAAGCUCUAGAGCCUUUAUUCAGUUAAACAUCGAAUUAAUGAUGAAUAAAUUUCAAUCUAUGGAGUAAGACCUUGGUUAAAAAAUAAAAAAUAAUAAUAAUGGCACA